UAUUUUCAACGUAAACAAACAAAGAAAGGGCUCCUACUUCAAUUCAAACCUUGACAAACAUGGCGCAAGGAAGAAGACUCGCGAGUUCUUCAAUGGUAAAAUCAACGGCUAAUGUCCAGCGGAGCCCCCCCUCCCGUCUUGCUCUCUGUCGCGCAGUUGACUCAUCAAACCAUUCCUGAAAACAAAAACGCCAGUCGAGACCCGCACCAGAAUGUUAAUCCCCAAAAUGCCUUCUCUCAGGAAUCUAUUCUCGUCUUCUUCAUCUCAAUCUCCAUCUCCAUCCUCCUCCUCGACGUCGCCCUGUGAAUCCCCUCUGAAGCAGGGUUCCGAUGAUACAAAUUUCUUCAAGAACGGUGGCGGAGGUUCGGAGUCAAAGCGGGAGCUCACGCGCCUGCGCAAGCUCCGGUACCCUGCCGACGAGUCGGCUUGUUCGCCGCUGGUUUCCCCUGGGACGAGGUCUCCCACCCAUUUAGGCCGGUGGUGGACUCCGGCCGUCCCGCAGCCUCUGCCGCUGCCGGAAUUUAUCAAACGGACUGAUCAGUCGAAUUCCCGAGAAGCGACGAGCAGAGCGGAAGCAGAUGGAGCGGACGGGGCUGCUGCUGCUUCAAAACCAUCAUCAAGCUCCGCCACUGGAAGCAAUUUUUCUCAUCAAAGUAUCAGGAACGCCCCAUAUCAUGUUACCUCAAAAUCUUCUAGGGCUCCAACAUGUCGCCAUAGGAGGUUCCCUCAAGGUCUAAAUGUUGAAAGUGCUUCCCAAAAAUUCAGGAUUGAUGUCUCUCCUCGGAGUGCUCCAACCAGUGGUUUCUCAAGUCCUGCUUUUAGCCCAAAAAGAUUUAGCACUGUGGAUCUUUUUCCUUCCUCUUCUAUGAUUCCUCAAGAAUUUCAGGCUUUAUCAAUUCUAGAGGGACCAGUUCCUAAUAAGUUUGCAGGUCAUUCUUCUCAAAUGUUUCCAGAAACACAUUCAUGUAACUCUGAUCAUUCUCCGCUUCAUAGCCCAAAAUUACGGAGAUCUUGUCAAAAAACCACAGAUCUUACUGGUCUGGCAUGCCAUUCACAUCACAAAUCACUGCCGGAAAAUUCUACUGGAUGGCCUGGUGGCUGUGCUCAUGCCAAUCUCCACCGAUUACCUCUUCCACCUGGUGGUCUAAAGCCAUCUCAAUCUGCCAUAACACACUGCAUAGCAGAAAAACAAGAUGCAUCAUUGAUGAGAGGUCAAUGGCUGAAAGGGAAACUUAUUGGUUGUGGUACUUAUGGCCGUGUUUAUGAGGCAUUCAAUCGUGAAACAGGAGCUUUGUGUGCAAUGAAAGAAGUUGAUCUUAUUGUGGAGGAUCCAAAAUCUGCAGAAUGUAUUAAGCAGUUGGAGCAGGCUCUGGACACGAGGAAGAAGAUUGGAGUUGGUGAGGAAUGGAAUGGGUUAUAUUUUCUGAAGACAUGCAGUGUUGAUCUUAAGGGGGAGAUACCUUCAGCCUACUCUUCUCAGCCAGCUUCAGCUUCUUUGAUUCCUAUUCAACCAACUAUUUCAAUUCAUGAUUUUUGGCUUCAACAUUGUCAUUUAGGGCACCCUGCCAUUAGUACUAUGCAGUCUAUGUUUCCAACUAUGCAUAGAAAUUUGGACAUUUCUAAUCUUCAUUGUGAUGUGUGUGAACUUUCUAAACAUCAUAGAGUUUCAUAUCCUGUGAGUAACAAUUUAUCUUCUCUUCCAUUUACUUUGAUUCAUUCGGAUGUGUGGGGACCAUCUAAAAUUCCUAAUUGUUCUGGGGCUAGGUGGUUUAUUACCUUUAUUGAUGAUUGUACAAGAACAACUUGGGUUUAUCUCUUAAAGAAUAAGGCUGCUAUUAGUUCCAUCUUGCCUAUUUUCUAUAAGAUGAUAUCUACUCAAUUUGGGUCUCAAAUUAAAAAAUUCCGAAUUGAUAAUGUAAGAGACUAUUUCAAUCAUCACUUGCAUGACUUCUUCCAACAAGAAGGUAUAAUUCAUAAGUCUUCAUGUGUUGAUACUCCUCAAUAGAAUGGUGUAGCAAAA